AUGCCAAUGGAGGGUAACGCGUCGAGCUCCGGUGGCUUUGACCCACCCGGUCGCUACUUCGCGGGGCGUUCUUCAGCAGCUUCUGAGCCAGGCCCGGAGCCGACCCCGUCGCUCCGCCCUGCGGAAUCGGUGGUCAGUGACGACUCCGACCCAGGUAGCCAAGCCCCCGUGGCUUCGUGUCCGGUGGCCUCUGGCCUUGGCUUCGUUUUGGCUUCGCCCGCUUUUGCCUCUUCUUCGCAGAGUCCUGUGCCGACUCCGGGCUCUUGGGCCGCGGUCGGGGAUGUCAGCUCACGGACGGAGCUCGUGGAUCAGCUCUCCCGGCUCCGCCCCGACGCCCGCGAUCGCAUUGCCCGGCUCUGCAUGCGUAUGGGUUCGCCGCCUGGGCCCGGUCCGGCGGCCGUCAAACCAAAGUCCCUCUUCCCCCUCGCUGGCCCGGCCGUGCAUACCCCGAAGUCGUCCUUCCCGCCGGCGACUCCAGCUCCCACAGUGCCCGAGAUUCGUGCUCCGCCUGCCCCGCUGGAUGAGCUUGGUUUCCCUCCGGAAGUCACGUCGGUAGACUGUGCUGCCUUGGCCUCGGGCAUCAUGGCCCCAGCUUCGCGGCUGGAUGACCCUGCGGCCCUCGCUGACUUCUUGUCCUCCAUCUCUGCCCCAGAUACUCUGGCGGAUGCCGUCAAAAGUGCUGGCUUUCACACUUUGGGCGCCUUGGCCUUCGCUCUUUCUGAUCCCUCCGAUUCGGAUGAGGUUAUGAGGUUCAUCCGGGUUAUCCUUAAAAUCCCUGACGGCGAUGCCACCGCCACCUUCCGCCCGGAUGUGUCCUGCCUUCGUCGCACCGUUCUAGAGGCUUGCUCUAUUGCACCCCCUCGGGCCGCCUCAGCUGCUGCCCCGUCACAACUGCCUACUGUUUACUACUGCGCCUUCCGGGUCGACUUCGAACAAACUUACGGCGGCUGA